AUGCGCAUCUAUGCGAAGCUAGUACAUAUUAAACACUUACCUAUGUUACCCAUGCUGAAAGCACUGCCUGACCCAGCUCCAAUAGAUACAUCACUCGAACAGGACUGGAUCGGCAUCACAGGUUCUUGUGACGACUGUUUAACGUCUUCUUCGAGGAUAGUUAAACUUGUAUUAUCAACCAGCACUCGAACGGAAGCAUUCGAUUCGGGCAGGAGCGCCAGAUCUAAUUUGUCCAUCGAGAUUGACGUACAAAUAGAGCGCGACCUGGAGGUCAACAGUGGCAGCGAAAUCGAUGAGGAGGAGAACGUUGUGGAUCGCCUGAUUGGUUGCACCACCGGCGAGGAUGCUCAGGAGUCGUGCCCCACGGAGCUCAAUGAGCUUUUGCAGUUGGACAGCACGGAGGACCAAGCCAUUCGUAAUAUGGCUGCGGGUGACAUGGACGUCCUUAGUUUUAACUGGUGUGCCGAUUACAACAACUUUGAGGGCGUCCAAGAAGAGUUUUCUGGGCCAUCAGGACCAACUUUUGACCACUCGGGUAUGUCUCCUCUCCAGGUAUUCCAACAAAUCUGGGAUACCAAUAUUAUAGACCACAUUGUUAACGAAACGAAUAGAUACGCACGACAGUUAUUUUUAAAACAAAAAUGCAAUUGGACUCGUUUAUCAAGAUGGAAAGAUGUGACCAGCGACGAAUUUUGGCGCUUCCUGUCCAACUUGAUGUUACAAUCUGUUAUAGUCAACAAUGUGGAGCGCGAGUAUUGGUAUCCCAGGUCCGCCUUCCUACAGAUUGGAGAUUGUAGGAAAAUCAAGCCCUACAACCGAUUCCUUCUAAUAAAAAGGUGCCUCCGCCUCCAUUUUAACAACAAUUCCUCCUUGCCAGAAUACCCCUCUAAACUCCAGAAGAUAAUGCCCAUUAUUAAACAUUUAAAUGAAAAAUUUUCCGCACUGUACCUUCACGAGCAAAAAGUGGCAAUCGACGAGUCGCUCCUUCUAUGGAAGGGGCGACUCUCGUUUUCGCAAAAAAUUGCCACAAAACGGGCUCGGGAAGGUAUAAAAAGUUACGAAUUGUGCGAAUCGCGCACAGGCUACCUCUGGAAGAUGGAUAUAUAUUCUGGCAAGGGGCAUGUUCAUGCUCGGCAAGAAGCAGGUGCAGUACCGGUUGUAGGGUAUGAGGCGGAGAUUGAGCCGGAGAAUGCCACAUCAAAAAUCGUCUAUACAUUGUUACGACCCCUUUUCGGAAGAGGACACACCGUUGUCAUGGACAACUUUUACAACUCCCCACUACUAUCACGGUUACUCAAAUCGCAACACAAAACUGAUACGAUGGGCACUCUUAGGCUCAAUAGGGAGUUCGUCCCUGAAGCAUUAAAGGUCAAAAAUAAAACGACUAUGAAGUCGGGUGAAGUCUCCUUCAGCUCCACCAAAGAUCUGUGUGUGCUCGUGUAUUUGGAUAAAAACAUUGUACCGAUGAUAUCGACAUACCAUCGUCCAGAAGUCGGCGGAAUAGAAAAAUACGGUUACUAUAAAUAUAGGCCAAAGCUCAACCCGAACAGCGGUAUAUUCAUUGUCGUUAAAGUGCUAUAUGGGCAACAAUCUUGUAGAAAAAUAGCACUUUAA